AUGCCAAAUGUAUCAGUUGAUCUGGACCGUUGAUUUCGCGACACAGGGUGUCUCGACACAUCAGAAUUGCCAACGCGGGGCUAUUUUUGUCACGCUUUGUGGCGCGCGUGGGCCUCACUCUCAAAAGUAGGGUUGCUCAUUUUUGGGCCGAUCUGGUUUGGGCGUAUUACGGUUCAUAGAGGCCCAAAUAAAAGGCCCAUUAUAUAGCCAGAGAUGAUUUCUGCCUUGGCGAAAUCGGAGACUGUUUGCUCGAUCUUCUAGAGAGAUGAAGUAUUUGAAGCCGAUUAAGCUGUACCGGCAACUGUUGAAAUCAAACGAGCACAAAAGUGGCCGUUUGCUUGGCUUGGAUGUUGGUGAUAAGUAUGUUGGUCUUGCCGUUUCUGAUGCCGAUAACAAGGUUGCAUCCCCGUUAAGUGUCUUGGUUCGAAAAAAAACGAAUAUUGAUUUCAUGGCAGGUGAUCUCCAAAGCCUGAUCAGUGAGCUUUCAUUGUCGGGAUUUGUCAUUGGCUAUCCUUUCGAUCGGUGGAGCAAUAGCCCAUGUGCGAUGCAAAUCAAGAUCUUGAUCAAUGAUCUUGCUAAAACUAGGAAACUUGAAGACAUCAAGUAUACAUUUUGGGAGGAACGCUUUACAUCAAAGAAUGUCGACUUCCUGUUGAAGCCAUUAGAAAUGCACCCGGUGGACUGCAAGAGGAUUAAAGACAAAUUUGCAGCUGUUGGAAUCCUUCAGGGUUACUUGGAUUUUGUUAAUGGGACACGUGGACAAGAUCAAGAAAGUCAAAUUUCUCAAAAUGAUGAUACAUGAUUAGUCUUAGCGCUAACCAGUGAUGUUGUCUUGAGAAUUAGGUACGACCUAUAUUUUGUUAAAAUAGAUGAGACAGUUGAGUGCUGGUAAUAGGCAUAUACUCAUAUGCAAUUGAGAAGUUUAAGGUUCAAAUACAAGAGGACUGCCUGUCAUACAAUGAUACAUAAGUUCCCAAUUGUUCUGUCAAGAACUCAUUAUUAUUGCUUUAUUUCUUCCUAUCA